CAUCUGACCAGGAGGAGGAUUAUUUAACACAUUGUUUGCUGAGUGGAGUUCAUCACCUGGCUUGACAAAAGGGGGAGAUAACCGGAGGAGAAACAGCCUCUACCUAACCGGAGAGGAAGAGGAGGGAGGCGCGCAGGCCUUUGGAUCCAUCUCCCUGGGCCAUCUUUUUUCUUUUCAGUCCAUCUCCAGUCGCCACAAUGUAUCUUCAUGUUGAGUCUUAAUAAAUCACAGCACGCCACAUAGAGAUGCCCUGUUCCCAGUGGAGGAUAAUGGAACGGCUGUGGUUCUCUUUGCUGUUGCUGGCAGCAGCGUGCAGGGGACAGCCGUGUCCGAAACGCUGUAUGUGCCAGAGCCUUUCUCCAUCGCUCGCUAUCCUCUGCUCCAAGACGGGCUUGCUGUUUGUUCCUGCUGCCAUUGACCGACGCACCGUGGAGCUACGGCUUCAAGAGAACUUCAUAACAGCUGUCCGAAGAAAGGACUUUGCCAACAUGACCAGUCUGCUACAUCUGACCCUGUCCAGAAACACCAUCAGUCAGAUUCUCCCUUCAGCCUUCAGUGACCUGCGGCGACUCAGAGCACUCCACCUAGACUCUAACAGAUUAACAGUGAUCAAGGAUGACCACUUUAAGGGCCUGACAAACCUUCGUCACCUAAUCCUUGCUAACAACCAGCUCCACUCCAUAUCCCCCCAUGCCUUUGAUGACUUCCUGUCCACAUUGGAGGAUCUCGACCUCAGCUACAACAACCUUGCCCAGGCGCCCUGGGACACGAUCGGGCGCCUAACCAACGUCAAUACCCUAAAUAUGGAUCAUAACCUCAUAGAAAAUGUUCCCCAGGGGGUAUUCACCAACCUACAUAAGCUGGCAAGGUUAGACAUGACGUCCAACAAGCUGAAGAAAAUUCCCCCGGACCCUUUGUUCCUGAGAAUCCCAGUUUAUGCCAAGUCCAGAGGCUCCCCCCUCUCCUCCCUGGUGUUAAGUUUUGGUGGCAACCCCCUUCACUGUAACUGUGAACUUCUGUGGUUAAGAAGACUGACCAGAGAAGAUGACCUCGAGACAUGCGCCUCUCCCUCUGACCUCAGUGCCAAGUACUUCUGGACGAUACCUGAAGAGGAGUUUAUUUGUGAUCCACCGGUUCUGACACGGAAGUCACCUCAUACAGUGGCAAUGGAAGGCCAGCCAGCCAGCCUCAAGUGCAAAGCGAAUGGCGACCCAGAGCCUGAAGUCCACUGGAUCAGCCCUGAAGGGCGACUUAUAUCUAAUGGCUCCAGAACACUGGUCUUCCCUAAUGGAAGCCUGGAGAUCAAUGUAACAACCCUGAAGGAUUCAGGUAACUUCACCUGCAUUGCCUCCAACGCGGCAGGUGAAUCCACAGGAAGGGUGGAGCUAGUCGUAACAGCGAUGCCCCAUCUGGCGAACAGCACAAGCCGCAGCCGAGACCCGUCCGCUGAACCUGCACCCUCCGACAUCCUAACCUCCUCUAAGGUCGCGCUGCCUAACAAUGAGACAAGAGGAGCAGACCGGAGGGUCUCAUUGGUGGAACUGACAGGGAACUCUGCCCUCAUUAGAUGGAGCAGUCAGACUCCUACAACUGGAGUCAGGAUGUUCCAGGUCCAGUACAACAGCUCCGGGGAUGACACGCUGGUUUACAGGAUGAUUCCAUCCACCAGCAAUGACUUCCUGGUUCGGGACCUCGCCGCUGGACGCAACUACGACCUUUGCGUCCUGGCUGUGUUUGAUGAUGUCAUCACAUCACUGACUGCAACCCGUCCUCUGGGCUGUCUGUCAUUCACCACAGACACAGAGUUCAGCCAGUGCCAAGCAUUGCACAGCCACUUCCUGGGUGGCACAAUGAUCAUCAUCAUUGGAGGGAUUAUUGUCGCCUCUGUGCUGGUUUUUAUUAUCAUCUUAAUGAUACGAUACAAGGUUUACAGCCACCAAGGGGCAGGCCACGGAAAAGCAGCCAUCGCGGCGACAGCGCCAAGACCACAGAGCAAUGGACAAGGAGGAGGCGGACAGGUCCAAGUUCUCCCUCGCUCUGCCUCAAAAAUGCCUGACAGUCAGGACGACCAAGCGCUGGCGCCGUCCAGGGCCAUGUCGCCUAGCAACACUCUGAGAGACACUGUGGCAUUGGUCGAGGAGGAGAGCAGUGGACGGAGCAUAAUGACAAGGACUGACUCCUUGGCCAAUGAGGAGUUGCUCUCGCCCACCAAGGCCCGCUUCUCCUCCAGGGUGGCCAUUGAGAUGAAAAGCAGACCACCAUCUGUCGCCAAAGAGCCCACCUCCCCCAAGGAACUGGCAGAACCCUGAUGAUGUUGUUCUGAGUGGAAGUUGUGGAGAACGUCACCACCAGGGGGAAGCUGGUGAAAACUGAAGAAAAACAAGGCCCUAUAGCUCCUCUCCCGUAUCUCCUGUUUACUGUACCCAUUACUUUGUUUCCAUGAGUAUCAUGGGGUAAUAGACCUGUACUGUCUGGUUUACUUUUAACUGCUAAUCUUGGUUCUCAUGUCUGGAUUGGAUGACCAUGUCAAAGGCCCGGUGUUGGUUUGGCUGUUGAUUGGCCAGUGGCUGAGGGAUCCAGCUGUUUGUGUGAUCAUCUUAAUGGAACGACAUCCUGAAUGCUGAUUUUUUUCCACUUCUGUAUCAGUGUGGCAGUGGAUAUGAUGGGCAUAGAUGAUUUAAAAAGGAUGCAUACAGAGACAUGUGGAUGUGUCUCAUAAAAAUGGACUGAAAAUAUGAAUGAACUUCUCACAAUCUGGAGCAGCAUCAACAUGCACGAACAGAUACGAAGAAAAUGAUGGCUGAACAGCAAAGUUAGAUGCAUAGAUCAUCACACUCAACUUGGAUAUACAAUAUGUUAGACUGCACAAAUGGAAAGGGAAUAAUCUCACACAGAAAAAUGUCUGGAUGGGUCUGGUUUUGGAUACGAACAUACUGUAUGUUAAACACUCCAACGAUAGGAUCACUGUUACUGCGACUGACCAUAAGGGACUCUCGACGUGGCUGGCUCCAAGUGGCUCGGCCCUAUUAAUCCAUGUGGAAUAAUGCAAUUCUACUAAACUGAACUGAGCUGAUCCAAGCUGGGCUGAACUGGAGCCAGAUCUUAACCUUGACGGGACCCUGUUAUCCUCAAUCAGAAGUCUCUUUCUGGAAAGCACAUACAGUAUAUAACGAAAAACCUGAACUGAACUGGACCCAAACCAGGACCCAGUGGAGCCUGAACUGGAAUCUUGCACUGGUAAAGGAUUCACACUGUGCAGUGAUGUGAUGCAGACUAAACUGGACUGGCCUGUUAUCUAUUGGUCUAGUCUGUGUAUUCUUCUGCUCUGCUCUGAUAUCUACUAUCUUUCCACUGGAUGAGACUGGUGAGGACCUUGUGGACCUUUACCAGCUUCUCUCACAUCUCCCCAGGCCCACUUAAUACAGACCCAGUGAUCAGGAGGGAAGCCACAUGUCUGAUGUCAAGAAGGAAAGAGAUGAACAGAUAAGAGAUUUAAAAAAAAAUAACAAAGUAGCAGGGUAUCAGUUAGCCAAACUGCGUCAAUUUCAGCCUACAUCCUUAUCAAAAUCAUAUCACUGUCAUCACUGAAUAAGUUUACAGGUCCAGAGUCCUACAUUGAAAAUCUAAAUACUUUAAUGUGAAGAAAAAAAAUGUUGUAUGACUGCAUCUGACUGCACCACACGCAUUGUUAACAUCAUGGUUGUAGUCAUCUAGGCCCCCUGCACAUCUUCAUUACUUCACCCUCAUUACCACCGUGGAGCGCAUUAACGUGCACACAGCAUAAUGGAUAACAGGUCACAUCUCAGUGUUCUCCCUCUAAAGAGUUACAUCUUCAUAUGUGUCUGACAGACUUCCCUUUAUAUUCAUCAUCUGAAUGACACAGGUGCUCUAUACUAGCAUCAUGCUCAUUAUUCCAAUGCUUUGACUCUGACUUUAUGCUGAUUUUUGUAAUAAAUGGCGCACAGGUGCCAUCUCGGAUAUGUACUGUCCAUACGUGUGUGCAUGUAAUUGCACUCGCCACCAUUCCCCAGUGUCAUCAUUAUCAUCAUGAUUGUUACGGUUCCCUGCAGGGAUGGAAGUUGGUUGAAGAGCAAAUAGACAGAGAACCUCAAACCUUUUGACCCAUCUCAGAAGAAUCCCCCACCCCCUCCCCUGCCCCUCAAAAUACAAAAAAAACAAAAAUAAGAAAAAUAAAAAAA